GUCCCUCACACUGGGGCAGAUAUAGGAGAAGAGCACAGAACUUUUUUUGGAUCUAGAGAAGGGACUGCGAUAAACAGUCCUCAGGAUGUUCAAGAAAAAAGAAGCAACGAUCAAGGCGCCCCCCAAAAUCAGCAAGUCCGAGGUCAAUGAUCUGGCUCUGCUGAUCGCUCGCAUGCAGAAGAAUGCAGACCAGGUGGAAAAGGACAUUCUUCGCUCGGAGGAAAAACUCAUUGUGGACCACUCCAACCGGAGUAAAGGCAAGGCUUUCGAGUAUCAGAAGGUGAAUGCAGACAACCUGUCCGAUGCGGAGAGGCUGCUGAAGGACCUGUUCCUCGAUGUGGACAAGGCCAAGAAGAGGCAGCACCCCCAGGCCGCUGAGAUCGAUAAAGAUAUCAAGCUGCUGCAUGAGCGCUGGUCCAAAGCUUGCACUCAGUACCGGGAGGUCUACGAUCAUCUGGACCUUUCCAAUAGCAGCUCCGGAAUUGACUGGCCACAAAUUCUCAACCAGAAGCAGAGGCAGGUGAACGGGGGGGUGUAUGGACCCACCCUGCCGGAGCUGGAGAAACAGAUCGCAGAGCACAACAUCCUGCACAAGGAGGUGGAGCAGUAUGGGCCGCAGAUCGAAAACAGCAAAACCAGCAACCCUGAAAAGUACGCUAAAAUUCAGGAGCAAUACAAGAAUCUGUUGGAUAACUCGCAGUGGCGAGGGCACUACCUGGGCAGUCUGUACGACUACAUGCAGGGCUGCACCAAGGAGCUUGCCUACCUAAACGAGCAGCAGGAACAGGUGCUGAAGCAGGACUGGAGCGACCGCAUGGCCGAUCAUGCUGACGUGCGCAGGAAGUACGAGAAUUUCAAGACCAAUAGCCUGAUGACCCACGAGAGCGAGGUGAACAAGCUGCAGGACGAUGGGGACCGGCUCAUUGAGAUGAAGCAUCCCGCCAGCCCCACGAUCCAGGCACACAGAGAUGCAGUUCGGAAUGAGUGGCAGAGCUUCCUGAACCUCUGCAUCUGCCAGGAGAGCCACCUUCAGAAUGUGGAGGACUAUAAAAAGUUCCAGGAUGAUGUGGACACCGUGUCCCAGUCUGUCCAGAAGCUCAACACAGAACUCGACCCCAAAUCCCUCGGCCUCAAAAGCAACAAUGAGAUCCUGAGGACUGUCGAGAGCCAGGAGAAGAGCAUCCUGCAGAACGAGCUUCUGCUUGCGGAUCUGAAGAAGCGCAGCCCCCGCAUCGCCCCUCUCAAACUGCGCCGCUCCCGCAUCUCCAAACCCGUCAGCGUGGAGUCCCUGUGCGACUGGGACAGCGGCAAGGCGGAGGUGACGCGUGGAGAGAAGUUCACCCUGAAAGACAACACCGACAACGAGAACUGGGUGGUGCAGGCCAGCAAUGGGGUGACCAAGAGCCUCCCUGGGGUGUGCUUCAUCAUCCCUCCUCCAGACCCUGAGACCAUCGACAAGCUGGACAGGCUGAAUAACGACGUGAACGAGCUGAAGAGGAACAGGGCGGACCUGCAGAGCAGCUUGAAGAGACAGACUGUGGAGGUGAACCGCUCGCAGAAAGCAGCUGGCGUCUACAGCAGCAAUGACGAGCCUCAGGCCAGGAAGUUUUCUGAGCGGCUGGACCUGAUCAACGGGGACCUGGUGCAGACAGAGAAGGACAUCGUGAACCGCCUGCGAGCGCCGCUGAACCGCAGCGCUGCGCCCCAGGACGUGAGCUCCCGGCUCCAGGACCAGGAGCGCACCAACAAAGCCCUGAAGAGCAUCGGGGUGGAGAAAGACACGGCCCAGCAGGAGAUUGAGGCUUUCUUGUCCACAAAGCCCAGCAGCCCCACAGCGGCGGCACUGCCCAACAAACUCAACAACGUCAAGAGCAAGUAUGAUGAGGUCAGCGCCCUGUCCAGCCUGUACACGCAGAAAGCCAACGCUGCCCUGAAUCUGGAGAAUGACAUCAAGAAGGCGGACGGCAUCAUCUCCAAGUUCGAGCACGAACUGGCAGCAGACACGGGCAUCGUCAACAACCCCAGCGCCAUCCAGGCACGCAACCGGGAGCUCCAGACAAUGCAGAACGAUCUUUCUGAGAAGGAUGACAUCAUGAUGAAGCUGGGCAAAGACCUGGAUGUGACGCAGCAGCAAUGCAACUCCCUGCAGAAGGGGUUCCAGGAGUACUGCCCCGACAUCAAGAAGCAAGAGGCCGAGGUGCAGAGACUGCGAGAACGACAUGCCAGCGUGGCCAGCCAGAUCGGUCAGAGAGAGCAGCUCACUCAGGAAGCUAGUCGAAAGAACCAGAGCCUGCAGAAUUCCUGCCAAUCUCUCAUUAACUUCAUGGACAAUCUACCCAACAACAAGAUCAGCAGCAGCGAUGGGCUCUCCCAGGUCACCAACAAGUACAACUCCCAGAAGAGGGUUGUGGAAGAUAUCAAGAGGAAGGGAGGUGAUAUGGACCGGACCGUCGAUCUCUCCCAAGACCUUCAGAUGCUUCUCAAUGACUACGACACAGUCUCAGACAAGUACCGCUCAUCCCUGGACUCCACGAUCGGUGCCCAGGAUGCGAAGAAGCUGCGCACCACCCCCCUGCAAGAUAGCAUCCAGAAACAGGAGAAGGAUCUGGUGAACCACUACACUCAGGUCUCUGCUGAGAACAAGCAGCUCCUGAACCAGUUGGAUUAUGCUAGCAAGGUCAUGGGAAAGAAGGAACAGCAAGUCAAUCAGGUGGUGAUUCAACAGCAACUCCAGCAAGAGAGCCAGCUGAAAAGCAUCAACGAGACAGACAGCCUGAAGACCGAACUGGAGAACGAGAUUUCCCGACGCACCCGCGUGGAGAACGAGCUGGCAGAGACCAGGAAGAGGCUGACGAUCUUGAAGGGCAGGAGAGGGGUGGAGAGGGUUGAGGAGAAGGAGGUGGUGCAGUACUACCGAGACCCCAAACUGGAGAGCGACCUCUUCACCCUGAGGAGCAAGAUAGAAGAUGAGAACAUGAGGCGCUCCUCCACUCAGACUGAAAUCGACGUGACGAGCAAGAAGAUCAUGGUCCUGGAGAAGGAAAUGAAGGCCAUCAAGCCCCAGUUACUGACCAAGGAAGUGACCCAGAUUGAGACUGACCCCCAGCUGGAGAGAGACGCAGCCAAACUGAGAGAAGAGAUCCACAGACUGAAAGAAGAGUUGCGGACGUUGGAGAGCGAGACAGUGCACAUGAGGACCGAGAUCACCAUCCUGGAGCAGCAGAAGCCCAAAGUCAGGGAGAGGAUGGUGAUGAAAGAGGUGGUAAAGUUAGAGAAAGACCCUGAGAUGUUAAUGGCAUGCAGGACCUUUGAGAAGCAGAUUGCUGACGAAAGCCAGAGGAGCAAAUCCUUGAAUGACCUCAUCUUCCAAACGAGGAGCCAGAUCAACACCUUGGAGAGGAUCAUUCCCUCAGUGGAGCCCAAGAUCAUCACAAAGGAGGUGAAGAAAGUGGAGCAGGACCCCAUGCUCAUCAAGGAGUCCGCUAGGCUCCGCACUGCCCUGGAAGAGGAGAGGAACACCACCUCCAACCUGCUAAAGGAGUUUACCAACCUACAGCUCCGCUUCUCGCAAGUGAAUGUAAUGAAACAGAAGGUGGAAAUCAAGGAGAUUGUCAAGGAGAUCUUCCGGGUCGACCCGGAAACAGAGAGGGAGCUGGUCCGCCUCAGGAGAGAGCUGCAGGACUCCAUCAAGCAACGAGAAGAACUGGAGGUAGACAUCAAGAAGGUCAUGGUGGACCUGAAUGCCCUGAGGUCUCAGCAGUCAAAGGUGGAAAUAAAAGAGGUGAUCCAGGAGGUGGUGAAACUGGAGAAGAGCCCAGAGACCCUGCGGGAGAUUGAGAGGAUGAAGCAGCAGCUGGAGCGGCAGAACUCCAGCUACAACAGUUCCUAUGAGCUGCUCCUCCGCAUGCGCAAGGAGAGGGACGAGUGGAAGGUAGAGAAGUCCAAGGUGGAAACCAAGCUAGUUUCCAAGGAGGUGAUCAGGUACGAAAACGACCCCCUCCUGGAGAAGGAAUUGGACCGCCUUCGGAGGGAGCUGCGUGACGAAGGUCAACAGCGCAGAGCCACGGAGGAAAAAGUUUUCGACCUGCAGAACGCGUACAUCCUCCUCGAGAGGCAGAAGCCCCAGGAGAAGGUGGUGGUCCAGGAAGUCACACGGCUGCAGAAGGACCCCAGGCAGGCCAUGGAGCAUGAGAAGCUGAGCAGGAGUCUGGAUGAGGAGGUGAAGACCAGGAGGAAGCUGGAGCUGGAAGUGCAGCAGCUCCGUGCCCUGGUGGAGGAGAAGGAGAGGAUCCUGAACCAACAGGACGAGCGCAGCAAGAAGAUCCAAUUGGAGAUGGAGCUCAGGCAAAUAAAGACCCGCAUCACAGAGAUCAAUUCGGCCCCGCCGCCCAUCGAGGAGAAGAUCAUCAUGGAGGAGGUUCUGAAGGUGGAGAGAGACCCCCACUUGGAGAAGGUAUCCAGUAGCUUGCGGGGCGAGCUGGAGAAAGAGAGGAACGACAUCCUGAGGCUGGAGAGAGAGUUCAGGAACAUCCAGAUCAAGGUGGAGGUCCUGACCAGGGAGAAGUCCAUGGAGAAGACAGUUUACAAAGAGGUGAUCAGGGUAGAGAAAGACAGACUCGUGGAAGGCGAACGAACAAGGAUCAGGGACCAGCUGAACCAGGAGAGGAACGCAAGGAGGGACGCAGAGGAUGAGCUGCAGCGUCUCUCGGACCGUCUCAGCAGACUGGAGAACACGAGGAGCAGCAUCUCCCAGGAGGAGUCCAUGCUUAUUCAGACCAGGGAUGCCCUGCGUAGGGAUAAGGAGACUGUUGAGAAGGACUUGAAGACACUGAGCAUGGAGAAGCAGCAUUUGAGCAUUUCCUACCAGCAGCACUCCAAGCUGAUGAGUGAGAGGAGUCAGGUAAACAGGGAGAAGAGCAUUAAGAUGGAGGCGGAGAUGCUGCGGCUUGAACAGGACAUCCUGCAGGAGAAAGACAAGCUCCACCAGAGGGAGCUCACCCUCCGGGGGCUGUUGGAGAAACUGAAGAAUGAGGAGAAGCAGAACGAGAUGCACACAUACGAGAGCAACCUUUCCACUAAGAUCUCCAUCUUCGACCCCGACACGGGCAAAGACAUGUCCCCCUACGAGGCUUACAAGAGAGGCCUGAUCGACCACAGCCAGUACAUCAAACUCCAAGAGCAGGAGUGCGACUGGGAGGAGAUCGCCACCAGGAGCUCCAGUGGACAGAUUGCGAUGCUCCUGGACAAAAAGAGUGGCAAGGAAUACUCCAUCGAUGAAGCACUCAGACAAAACCGGGUGACUCCCGAGCAGGUCCGCAGAUUCAGGGAAGGCAAGAUCCACAUCGCCGAGUUCGCCCUGCUGGUGGCCGGUGAAACCAAGCCCAAACCAAUUGCCCCAUUGCUUUCCUCCACCACACACCAACAGAACAUGAGCUACCAGUCUGGAACCGUCUCCAGCACCCAACAGGAGGAUAACUUCCCCAUCGCGGGGAUCUACGACUCCAGCACAGACUCCAAGAUGUCUGUACGCAGUGCCGUGACCAGGAAGCUCAUCGACCCCAUCACUGCGCAGAAGCUGCUGGAGAUGCAGGCCGCCACAGGCGGGAUCAUCGACAUCGCCACCAAGGACCGCUACUCCGUCCACAAGGCGGCCGAGCGAAGCCUGAUUGAUAACGCGCAACUCCAGAGGCUGCUCAACGCCCAGAAAGCAUUCACCGGGGUGGAGGACCCAGUCACCAAGAACAGGCUCUCCAUUGGUGAGGCCGUGCAGAAGGGCUGGAUGCCGCGGGACAACGGCAUGCGUUACAUGGAGGCCCAGUACCUAACGGGAGGGCUGGUAGAUCCCAAGCGGGCCGGGCGCAUCGACCUGCUGGACGCCGUCAGCAGCAAGAUGAUCGACGGCACUAUGGCCAGGGAGCUCCAGGACGACAUCAACUACGCCAAGGACCUGAUAGACCCCGUCACCAAGGAGAAGAUCAACUACAAGGAGGCCAUGGUUCGCUGCCACACGGACGAGCUCACCGGCCUACUCCUCCUGCCAGCGUCUUCUAACAGCCAGUCGUAUGCCACCUACAGGCCAGUUAACAAGCUGAGCAACUCGCUGUACCCCAGCCUGCAUUACUGAACCCCACCCCCCAUCUUCCUGACAUGGGGACCCUUCUCCUCCUGCUCUGAUGGGCAUAACUACAGCUCAGUCCAUCCGAUUUCAUUGAAAACUAAACCGGCCGCGUCCAGGUGAAAAGUAAACACAGCUUUUAACUGCUUCUCAGGAACCCCUGCUCUGCCCUGUAACUAUUUUAUUUUGUGCAAUCUUGGUUGUUAAGAAGGGUGUUUGAGCAAAAUGCUUUAAAACAUAAAAACAUCUUCUUUUUAUAUUUAAAUAUUAUUCAAUGUAUUUUUUUUUUUUUUUUAAAUACAGUUUAAUUGUUAAAACUGUUGGGAUACUAGCAAUAAAAAUAUUUUUAAAAAAAAGGCAUUACAGCAUUACAGCUUACAAGAGCCCAUGCAGUCUUUAUUAAACUUUAAUAUUGUGUUAACCUGGUGGAUGGGAUCUUGAUGCGGUCUGUGCACUUGAAGGAUUAGCCCACAGAUUGUGUGUGUGUGUGUGUGUGUGUGUGUGUGUGUGUGUGUGUGUGUGUGUGUGUGUGUCUAUAUAUAUAUAGACACAUACACACACAAACACACACACACACACUAGAACAGCCUCUUUGGUAAAUUGUUCACUGUUGUAAGAUUCUACUUUAUUAAAUUUUCAUUAAGUUGAA